AUGAGUAUACCGUUUUCAAAGGUUGUGAGUGCUCUGAUAGCCAAGACUGCACCAGAACCAAUCUACUCCUACAAGGUUCCAACAUUGGUGAAAGCCGGUUCUGUGGCGUUGUCAUUAGUAUUCUUUACCUAUGGUGCUACUUUCGCAGAUUGGUCCUAUGAAUCCUCACAAACUGUAUACAAGGAGGCAGAUGAAGACACCAGAAAAGAUUGGAAAUUCUUAGUCAAGACGUUUGCCCCAAUGGGGCUAACUGUGAUACCUUUCACGCUUGCAAUUGGAGCCUUAUAUGCGCCCUCUAGAAUCGUUACCAGAGUGACUUACAUCCCCAAGGUAAAUGGCUUGCCCGAGUGCGAAUUAACUCGUAAAUCUGUGAUUGGUGGUAAGGAGAUUAAAGUUGUUAGGAAACUGUCCCAAAUUGUUAGAAGCGGUAAGACUCGUGUCUUUACCGGUGUGGGUCACCAAGGUGUAGAAGACAAAGGUUCGUUUAUCUUCUUCCUGUCGGAUCGUAGUCCGAUGGCCAAGAGUUGGAUCGAUAAGUUUUAUAUAUUCCCACGCUCAGGUAAAUUCUGGGGCUCUGACGGACGUAUCUUCGAUGCAUUGUUUGGUGGAGAUUCCAUACGUGAUUUAGAACUGAAGACUAGGAUUCAACAGGAUGGUCGAUUACAGGAUAUAAAACAGGAUAGAACUAUGCUACAGGAAAUGAUUCGAGAAAAUUCAACAAGGGCUAAGUUCCAUUCGGGGUCCAAAGUUUCGAAGAAGAUCGUUGGUUCAAAGUAA